AUGGCCACCAUGACAGAAUUGAGUCCCACGGCAGGGAAGUUCUCCCAAGAUGUACAAGGGGAUGAGAAGCUCAGUCCUGGGAAAGCUCCAAGCUUAUGUUCCACUCGCUAUGGAAUAACCUUCAUCACACAUCUCUGCAACUUCAUAAUAAUGGCACAAAAUGUUAUCAUGAACAUCACCAUGGUAACCAUGGCCAACAGUACAAACCAUCAGUCCCAGUUUAACAGCUCCACUGAGAGGCUGCAUGUUGACUCAUUUGAUGACCCAAAUAAUUCCCCAAAAAGUCUUCCUGCGGGGGCCCCUGUGUAUGAUUGGAGCCCUCAAAUCCAGGGCAUCAUCUUUAGUUCUAUCAACUAUGGCAUGAUCCUGACACUGGCUCCCAGUGGAUACCUGGCUGGAAGAGUAGGAACAAAGCGAGUGGUUGGUGCUGCUCUGUUUGGAUCCUCAUUUCUCAUUCUCUUCACCCCUCUGGCAGCUGACCUUGGACUAGGUUUCCUCAUUGCAACUCGAAUACUUCAGGGCGUGAGCCUGGGGUUAGGAUAUGGGGGUCAGUUUGCACUCUGGGAAAGAUGGAGUCCUCCACAUGAACGAAGCCGACUCUGCAGCAUUGCUUUCUCAGGAAUGAUGCUGGGAAGCUGCAUUGCCAUCCUCCUGUUUGGCAUCAUCAGUCAAGCCCUUGGGUGGCCUUUUGUCUUCUAUAUCUUUGGAGGUGUUGGCUGUGUCUCCUGCCUUCUCUGGUUUGUUUUGAUUUAUGAUGACCCUGUCACUCAUCCAUGGAUAAACAUCACAGAAAAAGAAUACAUCAUAUCCUCCUUGGCCCAACAGGUCAACUCUUCUAAUCAGCCUCUUCCCAUCAAAGCUAUGGUCAGAUGUCUACCCCUCUGGUCCUUGUGUUUUUGCUGUUUCAGCCAUCAAUGGCUAAUUAACGUAAUGGUUGUAUACACACCAACUUACAUCAGCUCUGUGUUCAAUGUUGAUAUCAGAGAUAGUGGCUUCCUGUCUGCCCUUCCUUUUAUUUUUGCCUGGGUCGUUGGCAUCCUGGGAGAUUACCUGGCAGAUUUCCUUCUGACCAAGAAUUUUAGGCUUGUUUCAGUGAGGAAAAUUGCCACAGUUCUAGGAAGUCUCCCCUCUUCAGCAUCCCUUGUGGUUCUGCCAUACGUUGCCUCCAGCUAUAUCACAGCAGUGAGCCUUCUGACGCUCUCCUGUGGACUAAGCUUAUUUAGUCAGCCAGGGAUCUAUAUCAAUGCCUUAGAUAUUGCUCCAAAGCAUUCCAGCUUUCUCAUGGGAGCCUCGAGGGGGUUUGCACAGAUAUCUGCUAUCCUGGCACCCACUGUCAGUGGAUUUCUUCUCAGUCAGAACCCUGAAUUUGGGUGGAGGAAUGUCUUCUCCUUGUCAUUUGCCAUUAACACAUUAGGACUGAUCCUCUACCUUAUAUUUGGAAAAGCAGAUGUCCAAGACUGGGCUAAAGAAAGGAAACUCACUCGUUUAUGA